CCCAAAGAUUCAGGCUAACGCAUCCACCCCGUUUUAGAGUCAAGGAAAAGGGGAAGGUAGCAGGGCACCAGACUCCCCACAGUGUCCAUGUUUCUUCUGUCAUGUCUAUGCGUAUUUGAGCGUACUACCCACCGCAACCAACCAGCAAAUCAAGGCCGGAACUAGGAUCUAUCUAUUUACCACAGGACUGUCAGGAACGGUUUUAGACGUAAAGGUUUGUCCUAUUCGUCAUCAUGUUCUGAGAAAAAUCAUCUCAUCAUUCCAGGUUUUGAAAAUCCAACUCAAACUGAAAAACAUUUCCACGUUGAUGAACCAAGCGUCGGUCAUGUUCUGCACCUGACCAGCAGUAGCCUCUAUUCUCGGCACGGACUGUUACCACGACGGCAACUUUUAGAAGAAGUUAAACCCUCUCAUUGACUGAGUGGAGGGAAAAGCGAAAUCUUUAAUCGAAUAAAGUUUUUCCGUUUCUUCCCAUUUUUAUCUGCAUUACAAAGGCGAAACGGCGACUUCCAUUGAUUACCCGUCUUUCCUUUGCUAUCCGAUGGAUAUUCACUGCAAAGUAGACCCGUUCUCAGCGAUGCACCGGCACGGCGGUGUGAACCAGCUAGGCGGGGUGUUUGUCAACGGCAGACCCCUACCUGACGUGGUGAGGACAAGAAUCGUAGAACUCGCGCAUCAAGGAGUGAGACCCUGUGACAUUUCGAGACAACUACGGGUCAGCCACGGCUGUGUCAGCAAAAUACUGGGCAGAUACUACGAGACCGGAAGUAUAAAGCCAGGAGUUAUUGGUGGGUCCAAACCGAAAGUGGCGACUCCAAAGGUUGUGGAUAAAAUAGCGGACUACAAGCGCCAGAAUCCGACCAUGUUCGCGUGGGAAAUCAGAGACAGACUGUUAGCUGAGGGCGUCUGUGACAACGACACGGUUCCAAGCGUCUCGUCCAUUAACAGGAUAAUACGAACAAAAGUCCAGCAGCCUUUCCACCCGUCUCCAGAUGGAACAUCCCUGUCUGCCCCAGGCCACACCAUGGUACCGAGCCAGGCCUCUCCACCUGUAACAAGCCCUUCCAACGACCCUGUGGGGUCCUACUCCAUCAACGGCAUCCUGGGUAUUCCCCGGUCAAAUGGCGAGAAGAGGAAACGAGAUGAAGAUGGUUCAGAUGGGUCUGGCCCAAACACUGAUUCUCAGGUUAGUGUGGACAGUUUACGGAAGCACCUGCGGGCCGAUGCUUUCACUCAGCAGCAGCUGGAAGCUUUGGACCGGGUCUUUGAGCGCCCGUCGUACCCCGACGUCUUCCCGACCUCGGAGCACAUCAAACCAGAACAGGCUAACGAGUACUCCCACUCCCACUCCCUGUCCUCCCUGAAUCCUGGUCUGGACGGCGAGGUCAAACCCAGCCUGUCCUCCAGCAGUAACCAGAACCUGGGCCCCAGUGUCUCUGUGACGCAGAGCUACUCUGUAGGUCGAGACAUGGCCAACACAACCCUACCGGGUUAUCCCCCUCACGUACCCCCCACCGGCCAAGGCAGCUACCCCACCUCAACACUGGCCGGAAUGGUUCCUGGGAGUGAGUUUACAGGAAACCCUUACAGUCAUCCACAGUACACCACCUACAACGAGGCAUGGCGGUUCAGCAACCCAGCAUUACUAAGUUCCCCUUAUUAUUAUAGUGCCACAUCCAGAGGUUCCGGACCACCUACUGCUGCCACGGCAUAUGACCGCCACUAGUUACCAUGGAAACCAAAUCAACCACCACCACCACCACCACCUACACCAUGACUACAACCAUGGCUUCGGCAGCGUCCAUGUUGCCCCGGUGUGAACAGAGGGCAUGAGGUGAUACCGUUAAAGACAGCUAACAGGCAGCUCCAUUUCCUGUAUACCACACUACUACACACAACAGAAGAAGAACGGUCCUCCUGGAUACCACACUACUACACACAACAGAAGAAGAAUGGUCCUCCUGGAUACUACACUACUACACACAACAGAAGAAGAACGGUCCUCCUGGAUACUACACUACUACACACAACAGAAGAAGAAUGGUCCUCCUGGAUACUACACUACUACACACAACAGAAGAAGAACGGUCCUCCUGGAUACCACACUACUACACACAACAGAAGAAGAAUGGUCCUCCUGGAUAC